GGAACCUUCUUCCUGAGCACAGACAUUGGAGCCUGUUAUCAGCAUGAACUCAUAAGUGUUAGACAAUCACUUGAAUAGUUCAUAUCCAUCCUUCACUACAGGAAGCCUCAGUUUGAUACCACAAACUCCAAAAGUCUCAGACACCAAUGACUAUUCACAAACAUUGGGGAUAUCAAAACGGAUAUUUAAGGAAGAUGUUGAAUUGGCAGGAACUGGGCAGCAAUCAUUAUGUACAGAGAGUAAUUAAGUCCUCAAACAAGAGGACAACAUUUAUGCCUUAUCUAGUGAAAUGAAUAUUCCAGAGGAUAAACCACACACAUUUACUGAGUUUUCAAAACAUUUAAAAGAAGUCAAAAGUCGUAAGUCUAACCAAAUUAUUCAUACAAAGGAGAAACCAUUUAAAUGUACAGAAUGUGAGAAAAUCUUCACAUGUAAUUUGCAUCUCCUUGAACACCACACAGUUCACACAGUUGUGAAAACUCAAACAUGUACAGAAUUUGGGAAAUGUUUUACAUCUAAAGGAAACCUUAUGUAUCACAAAAAGACCCACACAUGGGAGAAACCUUUCACAUGUAAUGAGUGUGGAAAAUGUUUUACAUAUAAGACUAGUCUGAAAAUUCAUGAAAGGAGCCACACAGGAAAAAAGCCUUUCAUAUGUACAGAGUGUGGAAAAGGAUUUACAAAAAAAAGUAAUAUGAAAACUCAUAAAAGGAUUCACACAGGAGAAAAUCCUUUCAAAUGUACAGAGUGUGAAAAAAGUUUUACACGAAUGGAUCAUCUGAAAUAUCAUGAAAGGAGUCACACAGGAGAAAAGCCUUUCACAUGUACAGAGUGUGGAAAAAGUUUUACAGAAAAGAGUAGUCUGAAAACUCAUGAAAGCAUUCACACAGGAGAAAAGGCUUUCACAUGUACAGAGUGUGGAAAAAGUUUUACAGAAAAGAGUAGUCUGAAAACUCAUGAAAUGAUUCACACAGGAGAAAAGCCUUUCACAUGUACAGAGUGUGGAAAAAGUUUUACAUUAAAGAGUAAAUUGAAAACUCAUGAAAGGAUUCACACAGGAGAAAAGCCUUUUACAUGUACAGAGUGUGGAAAAAGUUUUACACUAAAGAGUUUACUUAAAACUCAUGAAAUGAUUCACACAGGAGAAAAGCCUUUCACAUGUACAGAGUGUGAAAAAAGUUUUACACUAAAGAGUAAACUGAAAACUCAUGAAAGGAUUCACACAGGAGAAAAACCAUUCACAUGUACGGAGUGUGGUAAAUGUUUUACAGAAAAGAGUGAUCUGAAAACCCAUGAAAGGAUUCACACAGGAGAAAGGCUUUUGACAUGUACAGUGUGUGGGAAAUGUUUUACAAAAAGGAGUCUUCUGAAAAAACAUGAACGGAUUCACACAGGAGAAAAGCCUUUCACAUGUACAGAGUGUGGAAAAUGUUUCACAGAAAAGAGUAGUCUGAAAACUCAUGAAAGGAGACACACAGGAGAAAAGCCUUUCACAUGUACAGUGUGUGGGAAAUGUUUUACAGAAAAGAGUGAUCUGAAAAAGCAUGAAAGGAGUCACACAGGAGAAAAGCCUUUCACAUGUACAGAGUGUGGAAAAGGUUUUACAGCAAAGAGUAAUCUGAAAACUCAUGAAUGGAUUCACACAGGAGAAAAGCCUUUCACAUGUACAGAGUGUGGAAAAAGUUUUACAGCAAAGAGUAGUCUGAAAACUCAUGAAAGG